AUGGGUUCGAAGCUUGAGAAAGCGUUUGCACUGCUGAUGUGCAACGAGACAGAGAAGGUAGUCUUAGCAACUUACCAACUGGAGGGAGUUGCGAACACUUGGUGGAUGACUACUCUAGAAACAAUCUUUCCAGAAGGCGUGACUCAAGAGUGGAACACUUUCCUUGAAGCCUUCAAUGAUAAGUACUUCUCUGAGACUGCCAGAGAGGUGAAGAUGGCUGAAUUUCAACGUCUUCGCCAAGGUUCCCUAUAUGUUGAUGAGUAUAAGGCAAAGUUCGCUGAACUUUCACGAUAUGCCCCCGAGUUAAUUGAGAACCCUGUGAACCGAGCGAGAAGGUUCAAAGAUGGUUUCAAACCAAACAUGAGAAGCGCCUUAGUCCUUCUGAAUCUGAAGACUUGCAAUGAUCUAUAUCGGCGGGCCCAGAAAAUUGAGAAGGAUCAAAAUGAUAGAGCUGCCUCAUCUGGAUCGAGGUUUAACUCUCAGCAAGAAAGUAUUCGCCUGGGGAAAAGACCCAUGCCUGGAGGUAAAUCCCAUGCUCCACCCUUCAAGAUGAGUGGAUUCAGUAGGCCAAUACCCAGUAGUGUUGGUGCAUGUCGCUUGUGUGGAAGGCGACACGGGACAGCUCCGUGCCCCACCAAGUCAGGAGCGUGUUUCAAAUGUGGCCAACAGGAUCACGUCGCAAGGAACUGUCCGAGGAAGCAAAGAGGACAACCUCAAUUGCCAUCGCCACCACCGAUGAGACAGAUCAUAGGGUAUGCCCCUCAGAAUGCACCGUAG